AGAGACCAAAACCUCAAGCUGCCAAGACAAAGACCUUAACCAACAAACACAACCACAUCCACAUCCAUCAUCGCAAGAACCAAGAACCAAAGAAAAAAAUCGCCCACCAUGCCAACCGUAGACGUCCAUACACACAUGUACCCUCCAGCCCUAAUGUCCGUUCUUCGAGACCGAAAAGCAGUCCCCUACGUCCGCCUCUUCCCAGACGACACUGCCUCCGGCGAACGUCUCGUCAUCCUCCCCUCCGAAGAAUCCGGCUCAACAGCACGCGGCCGCCCCAUCGGACCCGAAUACUACGAAGUUUCCGAAAAGAUAAAAUUCAUGAACACCCACAACAUCGACAUCUCUGUAAUUUCAAUCGCAAAUCCAUGGCUAGACUGGGUCGAUCAAUCGGAAGCUGCAGAAAUGGCGCGAGUUGUGAACGAUGAUGUGGAGAGGAUGUGUAGAGAACAUGAAGGGAGGUUAUAUCAUUUCGGGACGUUGCCGUUGAGUGCGGAUGUGGAAGAUGUGGUGGGUGAGGUGAAGCGGUUGAAAGGGUUGAAAUUUUGUCGCGGGAUUGUGAUGGGGACGAGUGGGCUUGGAGAAGGCUUGGAUGAUCCGAAAUUGGAUCCGAUUUGGGAGGCGAUCGAGGAGCAACAAUUGCUAGUUUUCUUGCAUCCGCAUUACGGACUUCCGAGUGAGGUUUUUGGGCCGCGGAAGGGAGAUUAUGGGCAUAUUUUGCCAUUGGCGAUGGGGUUCCCGCUUGAGACGACGAUUGCGGUGACGAGGAUGAUUUUGUCUGGGAUUUUUGAUCGGUUCAAGGAUUUGAAUCUGUUGCUUGCGCAUAGCGGAGGCACAUUGCCCUUCUUGGCAGGUCGCAUCGAGAGUUGUAUUGCGCACGAUGCGCAUCUCAAGAAGGAAGGCAAGAUCGAUGGACGGAGAAGUGUGUGGGAUGUCUUGAAGAAGAACAUCUAUCUUGACGCCGUGGUCUACGCGGAUGUCGGUCUAAAAGCUGCCAUCGAUGCUUCUGGAGCUGAUAGAAUUAUGUUCGGGACUGAUCAUCCCUUUUUCCCGCCACUCGAUGAGGAUGAGGACAAGUGGUUGAGCGUGACCUCCAACAUGAGUGCUAUCAAAGCGGCGCUGAAGGAUGACACAGCGACAGAACAAGACAUUCUUGGUAGCAAUGCUGUGAGAGUGCUGCGGCUCAACGCUUGAGAUACCAAGGCAACACGGUGAUGGGCCGGGUCAUCCAGGCUUUUCGAAUCGACGCUAUGGAUCCGUCUCAAGUCGGAGCAAAACCUAUUUCUUCAUCAGCAUUCUGUACAGUACCAAAAGUCUUGGAUCGUGACAGACAUACCUUCUUCAUCAAGUCUCGUCUCCUCUGCCCAGCUUUCCAAGACCCAAUCAUCCACA